AUGGAAACUCCUUUGAAAAACAACUUUGAAUUCAAGUCGAAGAGAUCUGUUUUGAAGAAGUCCAAACUGUUUUACAAAUUAAAAACUGAAAUAUUGGAAGAUAUUCUGCGAAAUUGUGAUUUUGUUUCAAAAAAGCCAGAUGAUAUUAUAAUUCUUCAAGGAGAACAAGGCAAUUGUUUUUAUAUAAUUUUAAGAGGAAAAGUGACAAUUUAUAAUCUGAGCAAAGGAGAUGAGGAGAAUAUUACACAAUUGACACGUGAUGAAUUGAAAUCAGAUAAUCAAUUGGACCGAACCAAGCUUGGAAAUUUUGUUUGCCACUUGACCACAGGCGAUCCCUUUGGGGAAGUAGCUCUCUUGUCAAAAGAUUGUAUUCGCACAGCAAGUGUAGUAGCAGAAGAGAAUAUUGACCUAAUGGUUGUAGAGAAAUCCUUAUAUGAACGUUCAGUUCGGGAUGUACUGACCAAAGAAUUCCAGCAAAAAAUAGCAUUCAUCUGUGCAAACCCUUUAUUUCGUGACUGGCCCCAUAAAUAUCGACAUCAACUUGCCAUGGCUGUCUACAAGAUUGUUCUUGCUUACAAUGAAGAACUCAUUGCUCAGGGAGAAGCCACAACCUGCAUCUAUUUUGUACUCAAAGGACAACUUGAAAUUCUGUGCAAUCCAAAACAGCAUGUGUCCCAGUACCCCAAACUGGUGUUACCUGAAAUUACAGACACAAGAUCUAAAAUUUUGAAGAAGCACAAUAUAAAAACAAGAUACAAAGCAACAUUUUCAGAUCAUCAACUGUUUUGUUAUGAAAAUGGUAUCAGCAAAGUUCGCAACUUGAGGUCAAGAAUGAGAAAAGAUACUCCAAAUGUUUUGCGUCUUUAUUAUCUGGGAGUGAAUGAAAUGAUAGGAGAUACUGAAGUCUUAAUGGGUCUUGAUACAUACCUACAAACAGCACUAAGUACUGAGUAUACAGAAUUACUGGUUCUGGAGAUGAAACAUUAUGAACGUUUAUUUCUGCGUCAUCAUCAACAGACAGUAUUGGCCAUGCGUCGUUUACUGGAUUUAAAAUACAGCAGGCGGCUGUUGAUGCAUGACUGUGAACAACUAGUUCCUCUGCUGUCAUAUUUGGGUGAAAAACUUAAAGUGUCAUGUAAGAAACAGCACCACAAUAGCAAAGCAACCUAUCAAUCUUCCAGUUCCAAAAUGGAAGAUUUAGUCACAAUGUCAGCUGAAAUCAAAGAUAUUGAAAGUGUUCAGAAAAAGUUUCUCCAGCACCAAGGACCAAUAAUUGAUAUGUAUGCACCAGGAAGUGUUUUCUGUUUAAUCAGAUUGAGAGAAAAACAACAACAGAAAGUAAAAUCAAGGAAAGCAAAAUAUGAACCAAGCUGGAUGGUACCAACAUCUUCACACGAUGAUAUCUCAACUAAAGAAAAACCAACACUGAAAUUACAGCUUGAAUCAGGAUCAGUGACUUAUGAGGUAGAAAAAUCAUCAGAGAAACGAAAUGACAAACGAAAUUAUUGUGAACUUCAGAAACUAGAAGACUCCAUCAAAACAUGGCUGCAGUGUGACAAAGCAAGCAAUACAGUGAGAAUUGCACAGCUAAGAAGAUUGGAUCCUCAGUCAAUGAAAUUGAAGCCAAAACCAGGAUAUAAAAUGUAUGUUCGGCAUCAAAAAACAAGUAGAAACAUUUAUGAUUUUGAUAUGGAUGAAACAGAUGAACAGAAGUUAGAGAAAUGGAGGUUUUUACUGACAUAUUAG